GAAAUAGUUCGUCACCUGUGAAGCAAUGAUAUUUGUUAAGUCUCCAUUCUAUAACAUUAAUCGCAUAAUUCUACUUUUACUAGGUAUUUGGCCAUAUCAGAAAAGUAAAUUCAUAUACGUACAGAGAUUAUUUUCUGUCGGAAUAUUUAUAUCAUUUGUUGCAUGUCAGCUAUUACUAUUUGUCACGGAGAAACAUACUGUGAAUUUAUUUUUCACCACGCUUUCGCAGUCACUUCCAAUUUUAAUAUGUUUACUGAAGUACAACGCAUUUUUCAUCAAUAGCGAAACAGUAAAAAUACUUCUGGAACAGAUACAACAUGAUUGGAAUACACUGAAUGGUAAAGAACUUGAAAUAAUGAAACAAUACCUCAAUAACUCAAGAUUAUUUAUGAUAAUUUUUACAUCAUUUGCCACAAUGAGUGUAUGCGCUUUUACGUUUAUCCAGCUUCUACCUGUUACAUUGGAUGUUAUUAUUCCGUUAAAUGUAUCUCGGCCACGGCGUUUUUACUUUCGUCUUGAACUUUUUAUUAAUAAAGAAAAAUACUUCUAUGUGAUUGCAUUCUACACAAUAUUGUCGUUAUGCGUUAGUGCAGCCACAAUAGUAUCUACGGGAGCUUCGUUACUUACGUUCGGACAGCAUUCAUGCGCAAUGCUCAAAAUUGCGUGCUACCGAAUGGAACACGCAAUGGAUAAAUAUAAAGUUUUACAUAUUGCCAAACGAAAAGAAAUCCAAAACAAAAUCGUUAGCGCUGUGGAUAUUCAUCGGAAAGCUGCUGAGUAUGCAGAUAUCUUAAUAUCCCCUUUCAUGAUAUCUUAUAUCGCUUUAAUUGUAAUUGGUGUGAUUUCUUUGAGUUUCAAUUUAUUCUGCUUUUUUCAAGCAUUCUUCUAUACGCAUGACAUGCAGGAGGUUUUAGUAAGUGUUUCUCUUAUCGGCGGGCAUUUCCUAUACAUGUUCUGCGCAAAUUACGGCUCACAGAUAUGGUAUUCCCUGGUAUGUAGCUCCCGUACGAAUUCAAAAGUUAGUAAUGUUAUUAUUACAACGAAGUACGAAAACUUUUGUACUGCAAAUCGGUGGUUUAUUUAUUGGAUCACUGGAAGGAUUUACCACGCUGAUAAGUACAUCCUUAUCAUACUUUACUAUGAUUUAUUCUACGCGAUAAUAUUGCAACAACCCAAAAAUAAGUCUAUAGUGUUUAACAGAAGCUUAUGCUCUUAUAUACAUACAUAUAGUAACAUAUCACUUCAAUAUUAAACGCGUUUAUUAUAAUUACAGAUGAAAAUUAUUGAAUGUGUACUAGGUAUGUAAUUUAAAUUUAGAAUUAAAAGAUUAGAAAUCUAGGAUUCAAACAAAUUUUAAUUCACAAAUAUACAGAUUAGUAACAAUAAAGUUUACCUUUGCAAUGUAUUUCAUGUUAAAAUUGUAUUCGGACAAUGUAUAUUUUAUACGAA